AUGGCGUCUUCCCCUCUCUCUAUCCUUAGUUUAACUAUUCUCUCUCUCGUCCUUCUUCCUCGUUUGGGUUCCUCUAAAUUUGUCGACCUCAGCUCCCUUCCCUUAAAAUACCAUGGAGGUCCUCUUCUCACCGGCAAUCUAAAACUCGCCAUUCUUUGGUAUGGCAACUUCGGCCGUGUCCAUAAACAAACCAUCACCACCUUCGUUAAAUCUCUUAACAGUGUUGCCGUCCCCACUGAACCAAGCGUCGCGACAUGGUGGCGUACCAUUGAGAGUUAUCAACCUACAUCUAAAGGUGAUGUAAGCCCUAAAAUUAAUGUUCAGAUUGUGAAGAAGAUAACCGACAAGAAUUACUCCAUCGGCAAAAUCAUAACCCAAGACUUCAUUCAGAAACUUGUUCAACUAGCCACCGGUGGUGACAAGAGCUUGUUGCCUGUAAUCUUUACGGCUAAGGAUGUCUCAGUCGUGGGAUUAUGCAUGGGCAAGUGCUCCGAACACGGCACGGUAGGUGCCGGGAAGUUAUCCCAGUCGUACAUUAUUGUUGGGAAUCCGGAAAUCGAGUGCCCUGGCACAUGUGCAUGGCCAUUCCAAGCCGCUGCUCAGGGUCCGAAGAUGAUGCCAUUGCCACCACCGAGUGGGAAUGUUGGUGCGGAUUCAAUGGUUCUUGGAUUCGCCUCCGCCUUAGCUGGUGUAGUGACCAAUCCCUACAAUACCGGCUACUUCCUAGGCCCUCCGGCAGCUCCCCUUGAAGCCGUCACGGCUUGCCCGGGGAAAUUUGGUAGCGGGGCAUUACCUGGUUAUAUGGGAAAGGUACGUAUCGACCCAGCUGACGGUGGUGCAUUUAAUGCUCACGGCAUUCGAAAUAAGAAAUUCUUGCUCCCUGCUGUGUGGAACCCUAAGACAGCCUCCUGCUGGACUCUCCUGUAAGUGUCGCA